AUGGAUUCUGGAUUCUCGUCUCCGUCUCCCGUAAUGAACACCACCUUGUCCUAUGGGCCUGGAUUGUCGAAACACAUAAAAGCAACCUUCUUCAGUGUAAUGAUAAUCCUUACUAUCGUAUUCAACUCCUUCGCCUUGGUUGUCCUCUAUCGCUGGCGGCGCGACUUCGAUGGCAUCAGUCGACUUAUGUUCCGCAGUCUCGCGACUGCAGACCUGGCUGGCGGUGUUUUGAUCUUUGUUUCCGAGGGGAUGGUCAUGGGGCUCGGACAUGGUUAUGCCUUUGAAGAAGCAUGUCACUUCAUCCCAUUCGUCUGUUCCUUUGUGGUAUUCAGUUCGAUCUAUCACGUGGUACUCAUGAAUAUUCAGCGGUAUCUGGCCAUCUGUUACCCAUUCCGGUAUGCCCGUUUAGCCACAGCUAAGCGACUCGUUUUUCUCCUCCUUGCAAUGAAAUGUGCAUUCCUUGGCAUAUCCUUUCAGUAUCUCCCUGUUCAAGGUUUCCCGUUCAAUUCAUUCAUGAGAGCCUGGUGUCACAAUAAUUCCUUGCCUAUCGACCCAGAUGAUUACGCCACAAUAGAUGUCGGCACAUACGCCACUAUCCAUUUAGCAAUAUCUGGGACGUUGUACAUCAUCCCAUUCGUUCUGCUUACCUUCAUUAAUUCCCGACUCCUGCUGAUAGCUAGAAGAGCUAGUCGCCGAAGACACGUUUCUGUCCAAAGAUACCAGGAAUCAUCCAACACCCAGAUGUGUACGCUGGGACUGAAGGGACUUCGUACCAUCCUCAUCAUCACCAGUCUCUAUUAUGUUUCUGUCAUUCCUUUGUUUGUUGCCGUUUGUGCAGUGAUAUGGCAUCCACCCUUGGGUCGACAAGGCUACGACGCCCUCUUCUUUGUGUCCAGUGCAGUCCUACUCUCUAGCUGCUGGUGGAAUGUUCCUGUAUACAUGUCGACCAGUGCUACGGUCCAUAAGAGGGCGCUAGAGCUCUGGCAGAAGUUAGCAUGCUUUAAGAGGGUGCGAUAA